AAGACUUUGGCAUUCAUCCCUUUGUUAUCUAAAGAAACCAUUGUAGCUUAAAGCCUUAAAUUAAGAGAGCUAAACAUGACGAUUGUAGAGAUGUGUGUGCACAUGGAUUGUGAAGGUUGUGAGAGCAAGAUAAGACGUGCAUUACAAAAAUUAAAAGGAGUGGACGAUGUAGAUAUAAACAUGUCCAUGCAAAAAGUUACUGUAACCGGUUAUGUAGAGCAAAAGAAAGUUCUCAAGACUGUGAGGAAGACUGGUAGACGAGCGGUUUUGUGGCCGUAUACUCACAAUACUACUGAGUACAAUGCCUAUAAUCAAUACUAUCCUCAACAUCAUCCGGCGUUGAAUGUUACUGCCCAAUCUUAUAAUUCUCAUUCAUCGGCUCCAUCAUCAUCUUAUAACUACUAUAAACAUGGUUAUGAUGAUUCAAACAUGCAUGUUUAUCAUCAGAGUUCGGCUUAUAAUUCUAGUGUUAUUGGAGAGAGGGCAGGAAAUAUGUUUAGUGAUGACAACACCUCUGGUUGCUCUAUAAUGUGAAAGGGGAAAUUUGAUGUUAUGUUAUAUAUAUUUUCAUGUUAUGUUUGAGUAUUUCUUUA